CAUCCAAUCCUAAUCAAUAUCUGAUUCUUCGAAAAAGUCAUUUGAUUCCCAAUGAUUUCGUCAGUUAUGGAGAUUAAUCGUCGUCCCCUCUUCUUCUCCUCCUUCCUCAGCAACUUCCUGCCCAACCCAAAAGACUUAAUUGUUCCCCUGAGAAUUUUCAAAGUCAGCAUUUGAUUCCGCCAUGGAAACGACCUGACCAAGCUCGUCAUUGAAAGUUAUAAAACAACACUCCUUUUUCCCAAAAUCCCCUGUUUCCCAAUUUCACCGGAGAUGGGGAAACCGAUCAUCGAAAACAAGGUACUGUACUACCCUGUAAAGCCUCUAGCUUUCUUCUCCGUAAUCUUCAUCCUCACCGUCUACCUCGUCCGCACAAGCAAGAUCACCACCACCGCCGUCCCUCUCCCUUCCUCCGAACCCCACCGCCGCCGCCGCAGAAUCAUCAAGUCGUCGUCGUCGUUUGACGAAGAUUCCGGUCAAUACCCAGAAACCUACCUAGUCCCUCCGACGAACCUCACAACACAAGAAAGAAUCCACUGGUUCAUAGCCAACCUCCCUGCAUUCCAGAUCAUGAAAUCGGACAACCUGCCGAGCAGGUUCCACAAUCGAGCCCGCCGGUUCCUCCUCCGAAACCAAUGCGAGCUCCGGUUCUUCAUGACGUGGAUUUCCCCUGCCAGUUCUUUCGGAAACAGAGAGUUUCUAGCAAUGGAGUCCCUGUUCAAGUCCCUGCUCGGAGUCCCUGUUCAAGUCGAAUUAUGGAGAGUUGAAUUGGAGAAGAAGGCACAAGAUAGCGAUGGGGACGGCGAAAGGGAUUGAGUAUCUCCACAAGGGAUUCCAAAGAAGAAUCAUUCACCGGGACAUCAAAUCAUCUAAUGUCCUAUUGACGGAAGAUUAUGAGCCCAUGGUAUGUUCCUUUUAUUUUUUCUUCUUCUUCUUCCCUUCACAAAUUUGUUGCUCUGUUUAUCCGUCUCUCACCGGUUUCAAUUCAAAUUGCAGAUAUCGGAUUUCGGGUUGGCGAAAUGGCUGCCAACGCAAUGGUCUCACCAUUCAAUCGGACCCAUUGUAGGAAAUAAAGAAAUUAUGUUUUU